GGAAAAUCAUCGGCACUGUGCCUAAGGUGAGAUGAGAUUGACAGGAGGAAAGAGACCCUUCUUCUUAUUUUUGUCCAAGUCAAUGGGGGAGGGAGACAACAAGAAAUGCAAAAUUAUCAAAUCGAGGGCGAGAAAGUAACGAAAAUUGUCAAUUUGCCCCGGUUCCUACGUUUCAUUUGUUUCCUCUCCUCUCCUCUCUCUUCCUUGACAACAACCACCUAAAACCUUUGCGUCAACAACAAACAAGAACUCCCCCAAGAGAAAAGAAAAGAAGAAAAAAAAAAAACCAAUUUUUCAAGAGAAAAGACAACUAAUCGAAGCAGUCGUCAUCACCCCCAAUCAUCAUUAACCACGACAAACAAUUUCCCCAACAUCAAAAACAUAAGAGAAGGUGGUGGGAGGGUGGGGUCAAAUGCCACUGUCUCUUCGGAGGAUGCAGAGAGCGAUGGCUUCAAUUUCCCCCAUGCCCUUGACCAUCAUCGUCUUCCUUCCUGCCCUUCCUCCGGUCUAAGGGCUUCAAGACCUCCGUCCUCUCUGUUCCACGGCGAGACCCGCUUCCCCACUUCUCCCUGUUCGAACUUACUUCAAGAAACGAGUCGUUGAAGGAGUUGAGAUGUUAGUGAUGCCGGGGAGGGCCGAAAAUAUAGAUCCACAGUUAGAACAAGGAACUCAAAGCAUUUCGCACUCUUCGCUGUGUGUGCAACCUUGGUGGCAUGGAGCUAGAAACAGUAUUUCAGUUACAACUGAAGUCUUUGGCAGAUGGGAGUAAUGGGCAAGAGGAGAAACAUGCUAAGAGUGUUGUAUCGUCAACGACUCUUUCAACUGGUGAACACCUUGGAGUGAAUUCCCCCAUGGAACUUGUAGGUCACUCAAUUUUGCAGGUUCUGACCUCAUCUCUCUAUUCAGAUCCGCAAUUUGUUGGUCCUCUGACUUCUUCCUAUGGACCUCAAGCCAUGGUACCGCAUCUUUAUGGGGUUCAUGGUAGAAUGCCUUUGCCCCUUGAAAUGGCUGAGGAGCCAGUAUAUGUAAAUGCUAAGCAAUAUCAUGGUAUUCUGAGGCGGAGAAGGUUACGGGCAAAGGCUGAACUGGAGAGAAAAGCCUUAAAGGGCAGAAAGCCAUAUCUCCAUGAGUCACGACACCAGCAUGCAAUGAGAAGACCAAGGGGUUCUGGAGGCCGCUUUCUUAACACGAAAAAGCAGGACAUUGAUGAUUCCAGCCUCGCAUCAGAGAAAGCUGUGAACCCCAGUGUAGAUCUGCCAACACAAUUUGUCAAGACAUCAACUUCUCAAGGCUUUCACACUAGGUCCGCGAGAGCAGAUUCAACAGGAGACAUGCUGAGGCUCUACACUUCCUCUAAUGGGAAUGCUAGUGCCAAUGGACUCUCAUCUUCGCACCAUUCAGAUGCUAUUGAAUACAAGGGUAUGAGCUGCCUUGGUGUGGAGAAGGAAACCUUGCAGCUAUAUGAGGGUCCUAAUGGGGCCUACAAAUAGUGAAACCUCUCUGCAUGGGGGUCCCAUGGAGCUCCACAUUGCUUGCGCUAUCGUCUUUUAUUUCCAUCAGAAAUAGCAGAUGUGUGCAAGGUGAAGGUUGCAGAUAUACAUCUUUCCCAAAUGGAGGAACCCUCAGUUUGCUGUGCUCCGGCAAUUCAUUCUUGGCUGAUACAUUUUCUUUAAAUUUCUUGCUCUUAAGGAAGAGAGUUCCCACUGGCUGGCUUAUCAAGUUGCCAGCAGUUGUUAUAGUGGAUGUUUGAAUAAUCUCUCCUGUUCAUGUUUCUGAGGAUCUUGGGACGAGGUUAUUUAUGCUGUGUUUUAUGUCUAACACUUGAAAGUUUCUAGUCUAACACUCGAAAGUUUCAUGAUUGAUCAGUGUUGUGCAUGCUCUGCCGUGCAAUACUACGUGUUUUGAGGAAUUUAAUCACUGAAUUACGUGU